AUGGCGAAAAGUGAUGAUUGUGUGCACAUCUUGCAGGGUCUGUUAGUCUUUGGGAAUGUGGUCAUUGGGAUGUGCGGCAUUGCCCUGACAGCAGAGUGUAUCUAUGUUGUGUCUAACCCCCAUGGUGCCUACCCUCUGCUGAAAGCCACAGAAAACAGUGACAUCCACGCUGCCGCCUGGAUUGGCAUCUUUGUCGGCCUUGCACUCUUUGCCCUGUCUAUCCUUGGUAUCAUUGGAGUCAUCAAGGCCAGCAGGACCUUGCUGUUGGUGUACAUCAUUCUGAUGCUGAUCACUUUUGCAUUUGAAAUGGCUUCUAGCAUCACAGCAGCAACUCACCAAGACUCACAGACUCCAAAUGUCCUCCUGAAGCAAAUGCUGGAGAGAUAUCAGAAGUCAGACCCAAACAAUAACAGUGACAAUGAGGUCACAAAGACAUGGGAUGAACUCAUGCGUCAGAACCACUGCUGUGGGGUGAAUGGCCCCUCCGACUGGCAGAAUUACACGUCUGCCUUCCGCGACACGCACAGCGACGCCGACUACCCCUGGCCACGGGCAUGCUGCGUGCUGGAUGCAGAAGGGCUCCCUGUCAACCUUGAUGGCUGCAAACUUGGAGUGUCUGGCUACUAUAACAGCAAUGGUUGUUACGAUGCUAUGUCUGGGCCAGUGAACACACAUGCCUGGGGUGUUGCCUGGUUUGGCUUUGCCAUCCUCUGCUGGACUUUCUGUGUCCUCCUUGGCACCAUGUUCUACUGGAGUGGAAUUGAAUACUGAAGGCCUGGUGUCCUCAGUGCUGUCCUGAAGAGCCAUGUGAAACUGCAUUUGUUUGUCUCCCACUCCAUUCUCUUCAGGCCAUGGAGGAUUUGAAGUUUUCCCACUACCUCUCCCGUAUAUACUUUUACCCCUCCAAAAACUUGACACAAAGAACUGAUGACUGCAGGAAAGAAUCUUCUUAUCCCUGCUUUGCCCCUUGUUCUGCAGCCUUAAUGUCUCCUGC